AUACAUUAUUUUAAUUUUAGGGAAGAUAUGCAAAAUUGCAGUUGCUGCCUCUAAAAGAAAAUAUCGGGAUAAGUAAAAACGGCAAGGGUUUGUUGGAGGCUCUAAGGUUAGGGCUUAGGAGGAAGAGGAGGAGGAGCAGCAGCAGCAGCAGACUAAAGCCUCAAAGCAACAGACGCAAUUAUACUUUUUUUCUCUCAGCGUUGGCUCUUCUUCACGCUUCCGCCUCUCUAUUUUGUAGUUAUUGGAGCAAUGGAUGGUUAUAGAGCCGAAGCGGGAUUUGAAGAAGACUCAAGGGAACCUCUUGUUGAUCUUUCUUUCACCGACUCCACCUCUGAGCUUUGGCUCAUUCAAUGGCCUCAUAAUGAACUUCCUGAUUUCAAUGGGAAAGAAAUCUCACUCAAUCUUUACACUGAUGGAUGCUUGGCUACUUUUGAGGGCUCAUCAGGCAAAGUGUAUGAUGUGGUCAGUUCUGCUGCCCAAGAACCAGAUGCCACAGUAUUCUUAUCCUCUGCUUCACAAACUAAAAUUGUGGGGAAUGUUUCACGGAGAGUUUCUCUUGUCCAUUUCCCUGACCCUAAAGAACUUGAGAAACAAGAAGCUGAAAAGAAAUCGAAACGAAUGUAUCAGAUGUCUGCCGGAUCUUCCUAUCAUUCUGCGACCCCAACCCAAAGUACUAAGCUUAGGAACUCUUACUCAUUAAGGGGGCAUGCAGCUUCAACACACAGCAGUAGGCACAGGAGUUCUUUGUCUGAAGCAGGCGAGCAAUCUAGUGCCAAAAAAAGAAGACAUAAGUACGAACGGACUGCAUCAACAGAUCGGUCUACUCUAGAUUCUGGACGGGGUCAAAGUGGAUAUACGAUUUCAGGGUCAUCAUAAGCAUUGACGCUAAAGGGGAGAAUGGAGGAGAUUAAAGAUGAGGAGUAAGUUUCCCCUGGUAGCACUUUGUUUCCUCCCGUGGAAAUGAAUGCAUUUUGUUACUAAGUGACUGGACAAUGAUGAAGAAAUGGCAGUUCUGAUCUUUCUUUUGUUUUGCUUUUAUUAUUAGUUAUUGGAAAGUGAGUGAAAUUCUCAUUGCCCGAUCAUUCCAGAGAUCCCAGCUUUCAAUAGUUGCAAAAAACCUAGAAUAUUUAUAUGUGAUGUGAUUGUUUGUUAUUGAUUUUGUUUCCUGUAUGUCUCAGUGGAAAAACAAAACUGGUUCUGCUACAGGGUGUUGAAUAUUGGUGUAGGAUAGGUACAUGGGUGAUGUGGGGUUUCUCUUAAAUCAGAUAUUAUUUUUUGGGUUAAGCGAAUGGAAGGAUGAUGAUAUGUAAUGCAAUUUACUUUAAGAA